UGCAGCCAUGAGGGGACUUUGGGGUGGAGCAGGUCUUGGUUCAGCAUCCAUGGCGUUUGCCUCGAUGCUGUGGUCACAGCAGAAGACUGAACCAGAAAAGGAUGCUACUGGUUGCAACUCUGACACAAAUUCCAGUUCCCCCUACGAGCUAAAACUGGUCCAGAUCUUGUUCCGGCACGGCGCUCGAACGCCCCUCAAAUCAAUACCUGAUGUAUUGGAGGCCCAGUGGGUGCCAGAACUUUUGGAGGCUCCACCGCACACCGACAUCAGUUAUGUAGUGACAAAUCUUCAAGGUGGACCCAGGCCCUCAUCUCCUAUAGAAGACAGCUAUCGGAGAAGCAUCCUUACCGGUGGCACAUUCCCUGGUCAGCUGACCACACUGGGCAUGCAGCAGCUGUAUGAGCUGGGCAAAAGGCUAAGGAGGAGAUACAUUGAGGAGAGUGCCUUCCUUAGCUCCACAUUUAACCCAGAUGAGGUCUACGUGCGCUCCACUAAUAUUGUGAGGACCAUUGAGUCUGCCAAGUGCCUGGUUGCGGGGCUCUUCCAGCAAAAACAAAAAGAAAUUGUGCCUAUUUUAACAACGGAGGCAGAAUCUGAAAUUCUGUAUCCUAACUGUCGCGGAUGCAAGCUGCUCAAAAUCCUUGGCGGCCACCGCUGGGCAGAGUCGUCCACUCUGCCACACAUUGCAGCAGACCUGCAGAGAAUCCGGAGUGAGCUGGGGAUCGCUGCUCACCAGAAUGUUGACUUCAUCCUCAUUAGGGAUGACAUGGUUGCCAGAGAGACUCACUCAUACUCACCUGUUCAAGUGUUGUGCACCUGGAGGGAUAAAGUGGAACAAAGAGCCGUGGAUAUGAUGUGCCAUAUCUUUGAGCCCAGCAAGAGAGAGAAUUUGCAGCUGUCUGUGGGACCCCUCCUGCAGGUAUUGAGAGACAACAUUGAGGAGAAACUACAGGGCACCUCAUCAGAGCCAAGCAGGAAGAUGCUUUUGUACUCAGCACAUGACACCACUCUGAUUCCUUGUCUGUUGGCUCUGGGGAUUUUUGAUAUGAGAUGGCCACCGUAUGCUGCUGAUCUCACUCUGGAGCUGCACCAGAACCGGAAGACUAAUGAGGCCUUUGUUAAAGUGUCAUAUGUAGGCCAGGAUCAGCUCAUACCGGGUUGUAGUGCAGUCUACUGCCCACUGCAGGAGUUCAAACAGGUCCUCUCAGCAUACUCGUUGAGCCCCGAAGACUACGAGUCACGUUGUAACAGCACAGAAGGCUUGACCAAACCCUGAACCUUCAGCAAACCUUCACAUAAACACACUGCUAUCCAUGAGAUUACAC